AUGUUUUUACUCUUAGGGGCAACGGUUCGUUCUCGAGGGCCGCCCUGGUUGCCUCCUCCUUCUUCAAGUUUGGCUAUUACAUCGGGCUCAUCAUCGGAUUUAAUUGCUGCUGCCACUAAUGCUCGUCGCGCAGGUCGUUUCGAUGAACUUGAGUGCUUGAUUAAGUACACUUUCAAGGAUGUAGCUCUCCUCAUUCAGGUUACUUUGCUAACUUCUUUGUAUUACCUUCAAAUAUUGGUAUGUUUGAAUCUUUGUUCGAACUUUUAUUUAGUUCGUAGCUAUGAAGACUAA